AUGCAUUCAGAUGAUGAAGAUCCAAUAUUUAUUGUUAAGGGGAAAUCGAAUCAAAAUAUAAAUAUAGUUCAUAAUAGUUAUAAAGAAAGUGAUAGCCAUUACGCAGUUUAUCAAAACAUCGAAACAAUUCCACAAAAUAUCAAAGAUAUACUUUUUCAACGCAGUUUCUUUCCAUUUUUAAAAGCAAUAGAUCCAAUACAUUCUAUAUAUUUCGGCCCUCUUCUAUUUGAUCCAGAAACUCCAGAUUUUUCUGGUCAAUUUACAAUUAACGAAUUUAGUGCAAAAUUGAUCAAUCCCGGAAGAGCUUACAUCAUUUGUAUUAGUAAAUCCAAUGAUCCAAAGAUAUUUUGGCCAGCUAAAUUUUCAUUUUCUAUUAAUUCCAAAAUUUUCAAUAUACCAACUGGUAGUCCAACCCCAGAAACAAUGAAUUUCUGGAUUGAUAUUACGAACGCAUUAAAUUUAAAUCAUACAAAUACUAUUAACAUUUAUUCUCAAAGAGCUAAUGCAUUAACAUCAUUUUAUGUAUUUGGUAUUGUAUUGCUUUCGUUAACAAAUGCAGAACUUAUACAAUCAAUUGAAAAACACGAAAAUCAAGAUAAUUUUAAUAUUUUAUACAAGAAAAGUAAUCCAGAUGACGAGGACGUUGGUGAAAAAUUUAUAUCCUUACCACUUUACUGUCCUCUUAGCCAAGGGAGAAUCUCUAUUCCUAUUAGAGGAGUUAAUUGUGAACAUUUAGCCGCAAUGGAUGCAGAAUCAUACUUUUCUUUUAUGAGAUUUGCUGGAACUUGGACAUGUCCUAUAUGCGGAAAGUCUUGUAAACCUGAAGAACUUUAUAUUGAUGAUUGUUUUCACGAAAUUAUAAAAAGAUGCCCAAUGGAUAUGGAAGCUCUGAAGUUGAAAUAUCUUGGUAAUUAA